UACUGCGGCGACUGGAAGGGAGGCCUGUGGGAGGGCCGGGGAACGCUCGAGCGGCCAAACGGCGACCGCUACAUAGGCGACUUUGUGGCAGGCAAGAGGGAUGGCAAGGGCACGCUUUGGGUGAAGGCGGGCGAAAUGCGCAAGCGCUACACGGGCGACUGGCAGGGCGACCUGCCUCACGGGCAGGGCACCUAUGUUUAUCGAGACGGUGGGGCGACGUACACCGGCUCGUGGCAAAAGGGGGUCAGGCAUGGCAAAGGGGCGCAUCGGUCGGAGGCAGGCGUGUACGAGGGCGAGUGGUUCAACAACCGCAGGCACGGCUUUGGUGUGCUCGACCUGCCCAACGGUGACCACUUUGAGGGCACGUGGGUGGAGGACGAGAGGGAAGGCGAGGGCGUCUACUUUUACUACGACGCGGAAAAGAAGGCGCACACCCGUCGCUACGACGGUGAGUGGGUGAGCGGC